AUGCUCACUGGCAGCAGUGGUAGACGCCGGCACACUGCAAAGCGCAGGAAGAUUGACGCGACAGACACGGCCACAGUCCAAUCAGACAGCGAAAGCAGACUUUUAGAUGGUCUCGAACAGGCAGCCGGACUGCCAGAAUCCCCUCCUCCAGCGAGACCGCCGCCCCGGGCAGUGCCCAUCGUGCCUCCUCCAGAUGCGCCCUUCCGGCCUGGCGCGCUCCAGCUGUGGGUUGUGCGCGACGCAGAAGGCAAGAAGCAGCUGGUAUCGGAGAUGGUGCCGGGAUGCCGACAUUGGAGGAUUGGGGAUCCCAAUGUUCCUUUCUGCUUCGAGUGCAAGAAAGAAGAUAAGGACGUGAUGGGAUGUAAAACAUGCAAGAAAUCAUAUCAUUUGGCUUGCUUGGGCGAGGAAGUGCCCACAGAGGAUACCUCGACACGUGCAUUCUACUGUCCAACUUGUAUCGAGCGCGGCUGGGAUAAGCAUCCGCCGCCGGAAAUUUUACCACUGACACCUCUCUCUUCUCGUGAGGGCAGCCCGGCGCCGCGACUUUCAACUGCAAAAGAUGUAGCCGCCGCAGAGUCUCACCAGCAAUUGGGGCAGAUGGCGGUGUCAGGGCACCAAAGGCAUGUAAACACCGAUCAUGACCAGCCGGGCCAGGACUCGCAAAGGGUCUGCGAAGUUUCAGCUCCCGAAGCAUCUCUCCCAGUUCCCAAACGACUACAAUCACAACAGCCGCCAGGAAACGAUUACAAUCCCUCACUCAGGCAUUCCUCAGGCCCGAUGAUCACUGCCCUACAACAACGGGAAGCUGUAUCGAAGAAUAUAAGAGAAGACCAAUCCUCCUCCCCCCAACUCCGUAUGGUCACUGAAAGUACUAUUAAUCAAGCAAAUGCCACGUCCAGGUCGACCAAGGCAAAGUCCAGGUAUCAAACCAUGCCUGACGAGGUGGACCAGGCACUCACGGUUAUAUAUCGUGAACUGGAGUCUGUCGCUGCUCUGAAGCAAGAUAUUGCGGUGCUCCAGGACCGGCUCAGAGCCACUGAACAAGCGCGGCAGAUUUUGGAAGGUCGUCUGGCUCUUGAACGCUCAGGCGGAAUGGCCGUUGCCAGCAAGGAAGCCGAGAUAAAGUCUCUGAAGCAGCAGCUCGCUGAACUGAGAAGGAGCAACGAAAUGCUAGUGGAAGAGAACAGUGUCCUGAAGCAGCGCUUGCAGGACCAACAGACGUCCCAUCAAGCUGGCCUGGAGGAGAUGGAAGCCCUAAAAGCGAGUCUUCGCCGGUUGCUUGGGAAUUGA